CGAGAAUGUAGAGGCCAAACCUGGUGCAGUCUGCCUGCCGCGUGCCCCAUUAUUUAUCCCUGUGAAACACUGCGGAAUGAUUUGAAAGGGAAGAGGGGACAGAAACUCUCUCCUCCUUCAAGUUAGCGCUAUAAUCUAGGGAUCGAAAUACUGGUUUAAUGGUGAAGAUGCUGCAGUGAGGCCCGGAGGGACACUAAUGGACACUGCGGACGAUGGUCAUUUUUCAAGGACACCAUAAAAGCCUGCCGUGGUAAGACAGAUUCAGGGAAGAGGGGAACUCCACCGCAAAGUGUGGUCCCAUUUCCCGGAGCAGCUAAAUGGACGAGAAGUCUCCCAGCAGGAAAGGUCCAGACUUCUGUUCCUUACGCUACGGGCUGGCUCUCAUCAUGCACUUCUCCAACUUCACCAUGAUAACCCAGCGAGUGAGUCUGAGCAUCGCGAUCAUCGCCAUGGUGAACAGCACCCAGCGGGCCAGUCCGUCCAAUGCUUCCUUCGAAGACCCUCUUGCUGACACCCUCAGCAACCCCAGCAAGCCCAUCAAGGAAUUGAAUACAAGGGCCUCCGUAUACCAAUGGAGCCCAGAGACUCAGGGUAUCAUCUUUAGCUCCAUCAACUAUGGGAUAAUACUGACCCUGAUCCCAAGUGGAUACUUAGCAGGAAUAUUUGGAGCAAAGCAGAUGCUUGGUGCUGGCUUGCUGAUCUCAUCCCUCCUCACCCUCUUUACACCACUGGCUGCUGACUUCGGAGUGAUUUUGGUCAUCAUCAUUCGGACGUUCCAGGGCAUGGCCCAGGGAAUGGCAUGGACAGGUCAGUUUACAAUUUGGGCAAAAUGGGCACCUCCACUGGAAAGAAGCAAACUCACCAGCAUUGCCGGGUCAGGGAACCAAUGGCAAGAUCUGUCUCAAGAAUUUUCUGUUAGCCUUUCCUUUUCCACUCCAACUCCAUGUUGCAUCAUGCCAGAAGGGGCAGCGUUUGGGUCCUUCUUCAUCCUCUGUGUGGGGGGACUGAUCUCACAGGCCUUGGGCUGGCCUUUUAUUUUCUACAUCUUUGGUAGCAUUGGCUGUGUCUGCUGUCUCCUGUGGUUCACGGUGAUUUAUGAUGACCCCUCGCAUCACCCCUGCAUAAGUGCCAGGGAAAAGGAAUAUAUCGUGUCUUCACUGGCUCACCAGUCCAGUUCUCCUAGACGAUCUGUCCCCAUAAAGGCUAUGGUCAGAUGCCUACCACUCUGGGCCAUUUUCACUGGGUUUUUCAGCCAUUUCUGGUUGUGCACCAUAAUCAUAACAUACCUCCCAACGUACAUCAGCACUGUUCUCCACGUGAACAUCAGAGAUAGUGGGGUUUUGUCCUCCCUGCCUUUUAUUGCUGCUUCAAGCUGUACAAUUUUAGGCGGUCAGUUGGCAGACUUCCUUCUGUCCAGAAGUCUUCUCAGAUUAAUCACUGUGCGCAAACUCUUUUCAUCCCUAGGGCUCCUGCUUCCAUCGCUAUGUGCUGUGGCCCUACCCUUCGUGGCCUCCAGUUAUGUGACAACUAUUAUUUUGCUCAUACUGAUUCCUGGAACAAGCAACCUGUGUGACUCGGGUUUUAUCAUCAACACCUUAGAUGUUGCUCCCAGAUAUGCAAGUUUCCUCAUGGGAAUCUCCAGGGGAUUCGGCCUCAUCGCAGGCAUCGUCUCUUCCACGGCCACGGGAUUCCUCAUCAGUCAGGAUUCUGAGACUGGCUGGAGGAAUGUGUUUUUCCUGUCUGCUGCUGUCAACAUGUUAGGCCUGGUCUUUUACCUCACAUUUGGACAAGCUGAAAUCCAGGACUGGGCUAAGGAGCGGACCCUCACCCGCCUCUGAGGAUGCAGUUGCCGACUUCAACGUAGAACUGACCAUUCCCAUUUCACAGUUUUUACUUCUGCCAUGUUUUCAUGUUCCUGACCAGAGCCAGCAGUCCUCAGCUCUUGCUUGAGUGUUAAAUUUUCCAGGGAGCCUCUGAAAUACACUGGUGCCUGGGCUCUUGUUUUGAGGUGAAGUUCAUGUGCUGCUAAUUGUUAGGGUCUUCAAGAAUUUCUACACUGCGGGCAAAGUUGGCAACUGCCAGACAAAUUGAAAAAGUCAAUCCCAAUUGCCUUUGCGCUUCCCUGUUUGGAAACUACUAGUUGAAUAAACAUCUGUGUGAAAAUAA